GUAUAAGGAAAUGCUAGAUCUAGUGAUAUCACCCAGCCUGACUGUAAAUAGAGAGUGCCCUGACAGAUUGAAGCUUAACCUUUCUAACAUUUAUGCCGUGGCUCCAGAUGACAUAGAAGGUAAGUCAAAGCAGAUUUUUCACAGUGAGUAUGAAGGUGAGUCAGGCAACAGCAAAGCAGCUCCACAUUGUCCUCUCCAUCUGUACUCCACAAAACAUUAUCCCCAUAUAGUGACAGUCUCAUCGUUCCCAACAAUGGCAACAUAUGGACAGACUCAGUACAGUGCGGGAAUCCAACAGGCUGCUGCAUACACUGCCUACCCUGCUCCUGGGCAGCCCUACGGCAUACCCUCCUACAGCAUCAAAACAGAGGACAGCCUGAGCCAUUCCCCAGGACAGAGUGGGUUUCUUAGCUAUGGAUCCAGCUUCAGUACCCCAACUGCUGGACAAGCACCAUACACCUACCAGAUGCAUGGCACAACAGGGAUUUACCAGGGAGCCAAUGGCCUGACAAAUACUGCUGGAUUCAGUGCUGUGCAUCAGGAAUAUUCAUCAUACCCAAGCUUUCCUCAAAGCCAGUACUCACAGUAUUACAGCUCCUCCUACAACUCUCCCUACAUGUCCACAAACAGCAUCAGCCCUUCAGCCAUCCCAACCUCCACUUAUUCACUGCAGGAGUCUUCUCACAAUAUCACCAGCCAGAGCACAGAAUCACUGUCUGGGGAAUAUGCAACAACACCAGCAAAAGAUAUAGAAACAGACAGACAUCACAGAGGUUCGGAUGGCAAGGUACGAGCCCGGUCAAAAAGAAGCAACGAUCCUUCUCCUACUGCUGACAGUGAGAUUGAGCGUGUAUUUGUGUGGGAUUUGGAUGAGACGAUAAUUAUUUUUCACUCCUUACUCACGGGAACCUUUGCAUCCAGAUAUGGGAAGGACACUACAACGUCUGUGCGGAUAGGUCUUAUGAUGGAAGAAAUGAUCUUCAACCUUGCAGAUACACAUCUGUUCUUUAAUGACCUGGAGGACUGUGACCAGAUCCACAUAGAUGAUGUAUCGUCAGAUGAUAAUGGUCAAGAUCUAAGCACAUAUAACUUCUCUGCAGAUGGCUUUCACAGUUCAACUGCCAGUGCAAAUCUAUGUCUGGGCUCAGGCGUUCACGGGGGAGUUGACUGGAUGAGGAAAUUAGCAUUCCGCUACCGCCGGGUGAAAGAGAUGUACAACACCUACAAAAACAAUGUAGGGGGUUUAAUAGGAGCUCCUAAGAGGGAAACCUGGCUGCAGUUAAGAGCAGAACUCGAAGCGCUGACUGAUCUCUGGCUCACACAUGCUCUGAAGGCGCUGAAUUUGAUACAUUCCCGGCCUAACUGUGUGAAUGUGUUGGUCACCACAACUCAGCUUAUACCAGCUCUUGCAAAAGUUCUUCUCUAUGGACUGGGCACUGUCUUCCCCAUUGAAAAUAUUUACAGUGCAACAAAAACAGGGAAAGAAAGCUGUUUUGAAAGAAUAAUGCAAAGGUUUGGAAGGAAAGCCGUGUACAUUGUAAUAGGAGACGGUGUUGAAGAGGAACAGGGAGCAAAAAAGCACAACAUGCCAUUCUGGAGAAUCUCUUGUCAUGCUGACCUGGAAGCUCUUCGGCACGCCUUGGAACUUGAAUAUUUGUAGCAGACCCCAACAUCUUAGCACUGUGAGGGCUUCACUCAAACUAUUACAUCGGUUCCGCCUAUUCCUCAGCAUUUUCUUAUUAAAAAAAAAAAAAAUCCCACAGCAACUGCAGUUUUUCUUUUUUUGAAGGAGAACCCUUUCAGUGGAAGCCUCUAAGAACUUGCAGCCAAAGAACAUUGUACCAAGUCCUUCUUCUUUUGAACAGAGGAAAAGCCUUCAGAUAACUCUGGGGAGCCUGCAGUUACACGCUUAAGCCGGAUGCACAGAGCUGUAACUGCCUUUUUGCCAUCGACAACAAACACUAGAAGUCUUGGGUCUACUUGUCAGUUUUCUUUUAAAAGGGGAAGAGGACAUAGUAAAGAGUCUGUGAGCAUGCUCUGUGCAUACUACAUCAUAUCACAUGGGACCUUCUGAAAAUAAGAGUGAAACUGUUGAUUUUUUUGUUUGUAUUUUUUAAUUUAUGAACUAAUCUCAUUACUCUGGUAUUAAGCUCUGUACCUGUGUUUUUAAUCUGGCUUUUUGGGGUGGGUGGGUGGGUGGGGAGAGUCCUGCCAUUCUAAAUUAAGAGUGCAUUUCUCCAGGACAAUCUCUGGGGAAAAUCAUGUUGUGUACAGUAACAAUAAGGACACAUGGGACUGCCGGUAAGAACUAUAGCUGUGUUUUUAAAUCUUACAUGGAUGGUAUGUGGACUGUGCAUGUGUCUACACGGUGCCUUAUGCUGCCAUCUUGGUUUGGGGGGUUGGGGGUGGGGGAAAAGUACCUUGUGAUGAGUGAAAGGCAUUAAAUAAAAAAAUGUUUACAUUUUGGGGAACUAGGUUACCUGCCUUCUCUUCUCUCCAGCCGCUCUUGGGCCUAGGAGUAUAUGUAGAAUACGUACUCCUCCUUUCAAGGUGGGGUUGGAUUAGGACGACUCUGAACACAGCCCCUCAGAGGCAAAACGGAGUCUGUAGCCAACUAUUCUGUCUGUUGGUGCACAGAGUGAAGAGAGUGGCUUUGUCCACUGGAAAAGAACAUGGAUAGUCAGCAAAUCCAACUUUUCUUGCAGAGGAAGAUACAGGGCAAGCAAAUAUUGCAGCUGUGCAUAUUUAUUUUUAUGUAAAUAAAUGCAUCUACAAGUAUGUUUCAGCUUUA